GGAGACACCUGGCGGCUGACAAAACAACAAUUGUGACAGCAAAUAAAUAGAAAUGUAGGAUUGCUUAUCAUACUUUUUUGAUAGAAAUUGAUUAAAAUGUACGUAAAAUAAUCGAAAUCAGUGUCACGACCUAUCAGAACUUUUAAUUUUGUAAAUUUAAAAUUAAUGUCCAGUAAAUACAAGCCGUUUUAAUCAAUCGAAAAACUUUACAAAUUUCUUCCUACGUUUAUCGAAGACUUCUUAUUGUUCUCCCUUUAUGAUCUAACAAAAAAAGAAGGGAAAAAAGCGAAUUCACGGAAAUUCGCUGUGAUUCCACGGAAUCCUGAUUUGAAAUGAUUUCACUUCCGAUGUGGAAUUGAUUCGUUAUCGACGAAGCAGUAAAAUAAACUUUAUUUGAAAUUAGUGAAUGUGUGUGCUUUGACAAGUAAAUACAUACGGAAAAUGGACAACUCACAAAGGGUAAUCUUCGAUAAUAAUCCACACGUUCGUCUGAGGGAUAUUUUUGAUACAGCAUUUCAACAUCAGGGUGACGAUCUGGUGCCAAUAACUGAUCCACAUGGAGACAGUCCCGAGCCUGAUACUAGCGGAUACUAUGGUCCGGAAAUGGAAAUUAACAGGCGCAGAAAUCAAUUAGGAUUCCGUGAUUACAAUCACAACCAUUCGCACCGUUCAGUCGUUGCGGGCAACGCUUUUCCGUACGUUCUCUUCAACGACAAUAUGCCAAACGUUGUCUCCCGGGAUAUGAAUCCAACCAUACCGCUUUCCAUGCCACUGUCCAUGCCGACCGGAGCGGGACGCAUUACACGCAACAAUUAUCGACAAUACGCAUCGAUGUCCACUCGGUCACCGAUACACAAUGUCAUCAAUAUCAGCUCAUCCGAUGAGGAUUCACAAGCAAUGCCAAUCAACUUGAGUAGAAAGCGAAUGCUUCGCGAUGCAGCGACGGUAAAUACGAGAGCUCGUUCGAAGAAGCCGUUGUACAGUCGAAAUCAUGAUUCGUCAACACCCACAUCGUCAAACUAUGCGAAUAGUCCGUUUCAAGCCGCACAAAAUGGUCUUGCAGCACAAUUCGAUCGACGGGGCAACAAUCGUAGUGAGGCCGAACCGUCGAAUGUAAAUACCGUCAAAGAAGAGCAGCAGGACGACGAUGAAGACAAUUUACCUUUGAGUAAAUUCAAAAUAAAAAAAUUGUGCAUUCCGCCGGAGCCAGUUGACAAUAAGCCGACAGGUUAUGAGAAUCCUUGUAAUUGCUACUCGUGCUUUCCAUCCAUCGCAGAUCGGUCAGUCGACAAAAAGCGAAAGAUCAAGAAAUGCAAACACGAGGUGUUGUCCGAUGCAAGCAGUAAUAGUUCUGCGGAUCAAGCAAGUGGUAGUAGCUUCACUGGUCAGGCACAACAACCGUGCACCAGUUCAGUUGUUAAACCAGAGGCCAUUUACGAUCGUGACAAUCAACAGCCAGGACCUAGUGGCCUCAAUCAAAAUAAAUCCUCAAUUAAGACUGAACAGAAACCACUACCGUCAACAUCGAGUCUAGCACCGAGUUAUGACAGUGAUGAUGGUGGUUCCAGUGCAUCAUUCAAUCCGACCAACAAUAACGGAACAUCGAUGCAAUUAUUGACCGCACCCGAUUUGCAAUUAGAUUGGCUAUCUGAUAGUACCGAAACGAAUGACGACGUUAUUUAUGUGCCUUCACCGCCAGCAAUCGAUUUAACCACCGAAUCCAGUGACUCAGAAUUCGACAAUAAUAUACGACAAGGUAGUCGACGAGCACACGGAUUUUAUCCCAUUCAACCGGAAACACCACCACCACAGCCGCCAUUAACACUGCAGCAGCAAGUGUUACAUCAACUUAUGAGCGAUAACGAUCCAAUGCUGAGCCAACGAUCUCGCUUGGAAACGAAUCGCGUCACAAAUCGACCACCAUCGAAUCCAGCACAUUUGCCCAGCGCGAUGUUAACUCCAAAUUUGAACGUACCUCAAUACGAUCGCAUACCAAUAGUUCAACCGCAACCUCUAGUAGAACCGCAUAUUCCUCCGGAGGUGAUUGAUCCAGAUGAUGAAGUAGUUUCAACUACACCAAUUAGACCACAAAAUUGCAAGUGCCGUUUGAUCGUCUGGCUGUUCUUUUUUGCUAACCAAAUUCCCGUUCCAGAUAUGCGCCACGAUAAUUUACCAGAAUUUCUGAACAGACGUUCAGUACGUUUGAUGCGGUAUCCUUUAUCCCAUUUAGGAGCGAGUCGUCUUGUACCGACUACUAACAAUACGGCACGACUGUCAUCGCUAUAUCGACCAGCCUAUGCUCCACAUGAGAAUUUAUGGCAUCGACAACAAACCAAUCAGGAAUUGCACCGUCGUCACAUGACGCCGAUGAGUAGAGAUGCCCCAAUUGUUGGCCAUCCAAUAGCAGACACAUAUCAUUGUAGUGCGUGCGAUUACAAUUCACGUGGUCGUAGACGACCCGAAUUUCAACAACAGCCACAAUCGUCGGGCAAUGGUUCGGUGUACUAUAUGGCUCCACCGUCUAGCUCACAGAACGCUGUCCAUUCUCAUCCCGUUGGUGACCCACUACUUCGUACACGUGAACCACAUCACGUCUACCAUCAUAUGUACCACCAUUACGGAUCACAUGCUGGCCCACACGUUCAUCUUAGCAUUGGGCUUCGCCCAGAAAAUCAUCCACCAAAUCCGAAUGUGCACACUCAUCUAGUGUCCCGGCUAUCUCGUUUGCAUCAAUUUGUUCGCGUCAUCGAGGAACAAGGCGGUUUGGUGUAUGGACGGCCACCACAAGGUGCCACCCAGGAGGUGAUUGAACGUAACACUUUGCCUCAUAAGUAUAAAAGAGUUCGACGGUCCAGCGAAAUCGACGACGAUGAAGGGGAGAAAUGUACGAUUUGCCUAUCUCUAUUCGAAAUCGAGAACGAUGUUCGUCGUCUGCCAUGCAUGCAUCUCUUUCACAUGGACUGUGUGGACCGCUGGUUGAUCACAAACAAACACUGUCCGAUUUGUCGCGUUGACAUUGAGAUGCAUAUCAGCAAGGAUGCAAUGUCGGCCGUACCAUCGAUUUGACCGAAUACACCAACAGUGUCGUACGUAAUAGCAUGAGUUUAGAAAUGAAACAACAAAAAUUGUGUAAUACAAGAAUCGAGUCCGAUUACGGGGAAGUAGUUGGAUGUCGAUCCGUUUUUCUCAACAAAAUGAAAAGAAAAGAAGAAAAAUUUAUGUCGGUUGUGAAAAGAAUUUAAGUUAUGAUUAUGAUUAUGAUGAUGAAGAAUAUUGGGAAUUAAUUGUAAUUUCAAAUUAUGUUUGUUAAAAUGAAAGAUGGAAAUAAUUUGCGCCAAACGAAAAACUUUCUUAGAUUUAUAAAUAAUUACACCCAAGUAAGUUAUACAUAUAGAUAGUAAUUUUUACGAAUGAAUUUCUUUACUUUUUUUUUGUUAAUUACUUAUUUACCCCCAAUUGUGCAAAUUAUGUCUCACACUUGAAAUUAACUUCAAAAAAACAAAUAUUUCUUUUGUACAUUUUAAUCAGAUUUGAUCGAUAAAUCGUUUUUUUUGUCUAUAUAAAAAUAUGAAAUGAACUAUUAUCUGCUCAAAGCAGAAACAUUUUGAAUUUAUGAAUUUUCGGUUUUUAUUUGUAACCUUUUUUUCUCGUUGGCGAAAUGGACAAACAUUUUUUUUCUCCACAAUUAAUCAUUGAAAUUACAGAUUAUUAUAUUGUUGCCGUAAGCCACGCUUUUUAUCAUAAACUAAUAUUGAAAAUAUGUUAACAAGAAAAUAUUAUUAAUUCGAACAAGUGAAGAAUUGUAACAUCGAAAUACAUCAACUAUGUUCCAUA